GUUAGCACAUUCUGUCUUGUUACAACUGGACGCCUGUAGGUUUGUUCAUUGGGAUCAUCACUUAACUGAUCAGGAUGGCUCUGAAAUCUCUUUUUAAAGGAGAGACGUGAUUGAAGUGGUGUCAAGACAAAAAAAUAUAUAUACACAACUUUUUUUUCCUCCAAUGUUUUUUUUGGGGGGUGGCAUUAUAUUUUUGGGGAGGGGGCUGUUUUUAUUUUAAUUUUUUUUUUUUUUUUUACAUUGUGAAACCAUUUCUCCAUGAGAAACUAUCUGAAGCUGUAAAUCUGAAAGAAGUACGAACAGGAAGGAGACAGACAGUUCUUAUAUAUUUGUUUUAAUGUUGCUAACAGAAUAUUGUGGAUUACAUGACUACCCUCUGGCUGAGGAGAUGUAAUUGCACAUCAUAAAAGAAAAAGAGAACAUAUUUUAUUGGGAUUUUUUUUUUUUUUUUUUACUAUUAAAAAGCAACCCAUCUGAAAUUAAACGAAUGUCACCUUUUCUUCAACAAGAAGUUCAUGGAAAUUUAAUACAACAAAUCUCCUGUUCAGGAUGUCAUUAAGCACUACUUCUAUAGGGAAAGGUGUGGAUGCUAAUGCAGUUGAUGUGUACGACAGUGGGGAUGACUGGGAAAUUGGUGUGGGGAAUUUAAUUAUUGAUUUGGAUGCUGAUCUGGAGAAAGACAGACAGAAAUUUGAAAUGAGCAACUCUACCAACAGUGGUUGUGUUUCCAAGGAAGGUGGACAUGGCUUGGCAGCUGGUGGGACUCUUAACUCUACCUCCUCUCCAUUAUCUGAGAGCCUGAAAUUUGCCUCAGUGCAGCAGCAGUCGUCAGCUCCCCAAGAGAACAACCACAAAGAGACUAGCAAAUCAAAAGUAAAAAGGAGUAAAACUUCGAAGGAUUCCAACAAGAUUCUGUCUUCUGCUGCUUUGUAUGGGAUUCCAGAGAUCAGUAGUGGUGCCUGCAAGAGGCAACAGGAGGCAGGACGGCUUGGAGAGGUGACAUCUACAGUUGGCAUGAGUGCAGCACUGGGUCAUGGCACCAAUGGAGUUGGUCUUACUGGUAACCCUUCUUGUGGAAAAAAUGGCAAAGAGGAGAAAACAGGAGGCAAAAGUCAGAGCACAAGGGGCUCAAAAAGGGAUAAAGAUUCUGGAAAGUCCAGAAAGGACAAUAGCAAAUUGUAUGACCUUGGACAUCCAAACACUGGAAUAAACAGCCAAGCGGUUGUACAUUUGUAUGGAUUUGGAAGUGGCAAAGUCUCUGGGAAUAGUAGCCCGUAUCACUGUGGCAAUAGCCUGGCUGGAGAGUUGGCAAAGAAUACUGUUGAUUCAGGGAUUAUGAAUAACUCUGUGCACGUUAAAAAAGAAGAGGAAGAUGAAGACAGCCACAGGCGAAAUAAGAAACUAAAAACAGAAAAGGUUGAUCCCCUGUUUACAGUGCCUGCACCUCCACCACCUGUUUCUACCAGUAUCUCUCCUCAAAUCCUGCCAACCUACUUUUCUCCAUCGUCAUCAACUAUUGCAGCCCCCGUGGAACAACUUUUGGUACGAACUCGGUCAGUGGGUGUAAACACAUGUGAUGUUGGAGUAGUAACAGAACCUGAUUGUCUUGGACCUUGUGAACCUGGUACCAGCGUUAACUUGGAGGGGAUUGUCUGGCAUGAAACCGAAGAAGGUGUGCUGGUUGUUAAUGUUACUUGGCGGAACAAGACAUAUGUAGGCACUUUACUGGAUUGCACGAAACAUGACUGGGCACCCCCAAGAUUUUGUGACUCGCCUACAAGUGACCUUGAAAUGCGUGGGGGACGUGGUAGAGGAAAGCGAUCAAGGUCAACAGCAGCCGCACCAGGACCAGCCAGUGAUACAACUUUUACAGAAUCCCGAGGGCUUCAAAAUAAAAACAGGGGAGGGGCAAAUGGCAAAGGGAGACGUGGAAGUAUUAAUACAAGUGGGCGCAGGACACCCCCAAAUUGUGCCAUGGAGGAUAUUAAAACAAGCCCUUCACCUGCUGGGAAAAGAAAAAACAAGCCCCCAAUGGAGCUAGACCUAAAUUCCAGUUCUGAGGACAAUAAAUCAGGGAAAAGGGUCAGAACAAAUUCUCGAAGCACUCCGACAACCCCGCAAGGUAAAAAUGAGAAUUCUUUUUUGGACCAAGGCUGCUCUUCUCCAGUUUUAAUAGAUUGCCCUCAUCCAAAUUGCAACAAAAAGUACAAGCACAUCAAUGGACUGCGCUAUCACCAGGCACACGCACACUUAGAUCCCGAAAAUAAACUGGAGUUUGAGCAGGACAGUGAGGAUAAAGUUUCUGACUGCGAGGAAGCACUAAGCAAUGCAGCACUUGAAUGCAGCGAGUCAAGCACAAGUUUGGAUCAAGCAAAAGCACCAAGCUCUCCUAGUUCACUUAGUGCCCCUGGCACCCCAAAGGGCAAAAGAGAAUUGGCAAAUAAUGGACUCAAUCAAAUUGCCAAUUCCAAAACUGGAAAAAAUUCUGGAAAAAAGAAGUGUUUAAGUGUUGAACUUAAUAACCUUCCAGUGAUUUCUAAUAUGACCACCACGUUGGAAAGUUGUUCAGUGAUUGAUGGUGGCUUAACGGUGGAAAUGCCAAGACUAGAAGCAGAGGGGGUUAUUGACAAGAAAACUGUAGGUGAAAAAGACAAAGGCAAAAAAGCCAAUAACUGCAAAAAUGACAAAAAUCUGUCCAAGCUCAAAACCGCUCGUCCUAUAGCCCCUGCCCCAGCUCCCACACCUCCUCAAUUAAUCGCUAUCCCUAGUACUGCAUUUGCAAACUCUAAUACAGGGACAAUACCUGGAUUACCCUCACUAACAACUACUGUUGUCCAGGCAACACCAAAGAGCCCACCGUUAAAACCUAUUCAACCAAAGCCCACAAUUAUGGGAGAGCCAAGCACUGUAAAUCCUUCUCUCACAACGCUGAAGGACAAAAAGAAAAAGGAGAAAAGGAAACUUAAAGAAAGAGAAAGCAAGGAGCCCGUAAGCCCCAAAACAGACUCCAAAGUUGGUAAAUGUGAGGAUUCAAAGGGACCUGGAAAAGAUAUGUCUGGGCAUUUUUUAAAAGACCAUUUGAGCAAAAGUGAAGUUCUUGCAAAUGGACUAUCAGAUAUGCAAGAGAGCCGGAUGGCUAGUAUAAAAGCAGAGGCAGAUAAGGUCUACACUUUUACAGAUAACGCACCCAGCCCCUCAAUCGGAAGUGCCUCUAGGAUAGAGUGCGGCAAUGUGAUCAAUGGACAGUCACCUAUUGCUCCACUGCAUGUUUUAACACCAAAUGGUGGUGACGGUUCAGCUACCAAAACAAACAGUCCAGCGUACUCUGAUAUCUCAGAUGCUGCUGAUGAUGGGGGUUCUGAUAGCAGAUCAGAAGGUGCAAGGUCCAAGACUAGCUCUCCCUCAGAAAUUAUUUGUAGUAAGGACAGCAUAGUCAAGGGACAUUCUACGCCCAUACAGCAAUCAUCUCAAGUAAAGGAAUCUCAUUCGCCAUAUUACCAUGGUUAUGAUCCAUACUAUUCACCAAAUUACGCUCACUCGGGACAAAUCAACAAUACUGUGCCUGGCCAUGGUAAUCCCACACAGGGAAUUAAAAUUAAAAAAGAUAUUGAAGAAGAAAUAGAGAAAAAAGAUAAAACAGAAAGCUUAGAUUGCAAAAAGAAUGAAGUGAGCCCAAAUAACAUACCACCUCAACAUCAAUCGGUUAUCACUCAAAGACACCCUGCACUAGCCCAGUCACUUUACUAUGGUCAAUAUGCAUAUGGACUGUAUAUGGAUCAAAAGUCUUUAAUAGCGUCAAACCCGGCUUAUAGGCAACAAUAUGAAAAAUAUUAUGAAGAUCAGAGAAUAGCUGAGCAAAAAAUGGUACAGGCUGGGAGGGAGUCUGAGAGAAAAAUGGAAAAUUCAUCAAAGGAACUAGUAAAAGAGGACAAGCUAAAAAACAUACCAUCUGCUACGGUUUCCAAAGCCCCUUCAACUCCAGAGCCAAGUAAAGUUAAUCCAAAAAUUGGAGUAGCGAAUAAAACAGAGGAUUCUGGGAAAUCAUCAAUUCUGUCGAACCAUCAGCAACUUCAGUGUGAAAGUUUCAAGGCAAAGCAAAUGGAAAACCAUCAGCUAAUAAAAGAAGCAGUGGAAAUGAAAUCUGUCAUGGAUUCCAUGAAACAAACGGGUGUGGAUCCCACCAUGAGAUUUAAACAGGAGGCUGACUCAAGAUCAUGGCAUCAUUACAUUUACCAAUCAAAGUACGUUGAGCAGCAGAAGCCAGAAGAAAUGGACCGUGAGAAAAAAAUUAAAGAGGAAAAUUCUGUAAAAACACCAAAUAAAGAGAGUAUUAUGUCUGUUACAUUGCCUAAUGUGAAGGAAGAAAACAAAGAUGUGAAACGCUCAGAUAUCCAGUUAACAGAGGAAACUAAAAUCAAGAACGAGGACAGGAAAACUCCAGUAAAUUGGAAGGACUCUAGAAAUGCUAGAGUGGCAGUGUCUUCACCCAUGAGCCAACAUCAGUCAUAUAUACAGUAUCUUCAUGCCUAUCCUUAUACUCAGAUGUAUGAUCCAAACCACCCAGCUUACCGGGCUGUGUCUCCUGUUUUAAUGCAUGGUUAUCCAGGGGCCUAUCUUUCUCCAGGCUACCCUCACUACUCUGUUUACGGAAAGGUAUCAGGAAGAGAUGAUGCAGAGAAAGCAAGUACGAGUCCCAACAUUAACUCAAAGACGGCAUCGGAGUCAAAAGCCCUAGACCUACUCCAGCAGCAUGCCAAUCAGUAUCGCACCAAGUCCCCUGCUCUGGCUGAAAAAGCUUCAACUGAACGUGAGCGAGAAACUGAAAGAGACAGACAUUCCCCAUUUGGGCAACGUCAUCUUCAUACACACCACCAUACCCAUGUUGGAAUGGGCUAUCCUUUAAUACCUGGGCAAUAUGACCCUUUUCAAGGGUUGACCUCUGCUACCCUUGUUGCCACUCAGCAGGUGGCUUCUCAGGCAUCUUCCUCCGGUAUGUUUCC